AUUAAUUUUAUUUUCAGCACAGAAGAUAAAUGAUAAAAAUUUAGUGUUGCUCACGGAUGCCGAUCUAAUUGAAAUGGGAAUAUUAGAGAAAGGAUCUUGCUAACCAUUUUACAAAUUAUAAAAUCGAAUCUUCAAAACAAUCUGACCGAAAAAGCAUGCAACGAUAAUGUACAAAACAACCUGAAUUAUCGCGCAACGUUCGAACAAGAUCCCAAAUUCAGUCUAAAAAUAUUGUUUCCUAUCUUGGACAAAGGUAUCGUACCAGACAAAAAUGGUUUAAGUUUUAUUACAAGAGUUGCUUGUAAACAGAUGGAAAGAGAUAUAGAAGAAAAUCGAAAGUAUCGUUCUACGAAUCAACAGCAUAAACUAGUUUAGAAAUAGUGAAACUGUUUCCACAGUUAAUGAACACUCGAGUAACUGCUGCUGCACCUGAUGAGUCUUGCUUUUUCUGGCGUAAUGGGGGCAAAGAAAAAGGACCGCACACCGGAUUAAUUUGUAACCGAAUUCGAAAUAUAAUUCGCCAACUACCAGCAGAACAUCAUAAGUACAACCGAGGUCAGAUAUCACACAUUGAAUGUGUUUCAACUGAGCUCGUAGGGCGAGCACAGCUUCUCAAAGUGCUGGAUGCAUCAGCUUCUGAAGCUGACCAAAUCUGCAAAGAAAUGGAACUCUGUUUUCCACUUUACAAAUUGUUGUUAAAAGAGAAGAAAUCCGGCACAGAAAUCCUCGAAGUAUUUCCGCACUUGCAGUCAUACGACGGAUUGUUGAUUAAGCAGUUUUAUGAACGACCUGAAGGCCUUAAAUUAGAGGAUGUCCUAUCCCAGGGUUUGGCACUUGCACCAACAAGGUUCACAACCGUAGAAGACGAUCACAUACGUGGUUGUCUUCGGAUCAUGUCACAAUUACCGAUAAGAGGACAAAAAAGAACAGUGGCUGUGUCGACUUCAGGAGUUAAGAAUAGUGAACGUCUUUCUAUUAAAAGGGUUAGAUUCCUCGGGUUAUCUUAA